CCGGAAGUAAAAAAAAACAAGGAAGUAAACUCUGCUCGCUCGGUUACCAUUUAACAUUGUAAAGUGAAAGUUACUUUGGGAGAUCAGUAAAUUUAAGCACGUCGCCAACUCCUAUGAAGAUAGCUGUAAAGCAUCAGCUGACUCGUCCUAAACAAGCGCUUGUAAGAAAAGCCGAGGUGGGGGCACGAAAACACCGAUCAAUGCUGUCAUCUACCACCCAGGUAUAUUAUAAGCAUUCAGGGACCACAAAGGAGAACCUUUGGAAGGAAUCAUGAGUCUGGAGGAGCUACCGCAGAUGGAUGGAACAUGUGAUGCAUGUGAGCCUGAUGAGGCUCAACUGGCCACGCAAGUAUGCCACACCUGUGGCUUUGCCUUCUGCUGUUUGCAUGCUGACAGACAUGGCUCCAGUACACAUCACCCGCUAACACCCUAUAUCCAUGAGGGGACUCACUCUACUGGAGUUAACGCAAAUAGACACUCCGGAUUUGGAAGUGGUACUAAGGAGGAGUCUUUGACGGGGUCUCUGAAUGAACAGGAUGCAGGUCUGGCACAAGCAACACUUGUAGACAAGACUGGUGAUGAUAUGAAUGGCCGUGAAUCCACGAAUCCCCUGGGGGCUGAGGGUUCAGAAGAUGGCCAAGAGGACAUGACUGCUACAGAGGCAGUGAAGAAGGACACUGUGUCAGUACUUAGGCUACGUUGCCCGGAGCAUGGGCACGAAGGCUCCCUCUACUGUAAACAAGAUGAAAAGAUCAUCUGUGUCAUAUGUGCUAUGCAGGGUGAGCACCAGGCACAUGAGAUUAUUACCCUGCAUGAAGCUUACAUCUGGCAGAAGAGUAGGCAUUGUUUUGACCUGCUGGACUGCACACGACACAUAGAAGAAAAGAUCUCAAAUAAAAAGAAAAACUCAGAGAUGUCGACAAUGGAAUUGGAGGCAUAUGUGAGCAGUCAGUUUGAUGCGCUUCGCAGAGCGGUAUCUCUGGAAGAAAAAAGGACUCUACACCUUUUAGACCUCAAAGAGGCAUUCCUGACAGCAGCUGCUGCAGAGAAGAUUGCAGAGAUCAACGUCCAAACUGAGCGUCUCCAGGAAGAAAUGGCCAGCAUUACACACCAGCUAUGCUUGUUGGACAAGGCAACAACAAUGAGCCCCUCACUGGCAGUAAAAGCCAUCGUAGGAGCAUCAGAACUGGAGCAUCGAUUAACGCGUGACUUUGAGGCCAGACCAAGGCUACCAAUACCAAGGGCAGACCCGGUGGACCCACAGAACUUUGAAGACAGUGAUUCUGGACCUUCCAUGGAGCACGCCCCUUAAUCGUAGCCUUUCUGUUUAAGUUGAGCCUCAACCUACUUUUAGCCUCAUUGUGCUCUUAAGUCUCUCUUCUCCUCAAAUGACAGUGAAGUGACCUUGAAUUCACUUGUGAGUGCUCAAGGGGGUUGUAAUAUCAUUUCCCUCCUCAAAAAUUAGAUUGUUUCUCAACCAUUAACUUUGCUUGAUGGAAACACUGCAGUCCUCUGUAAUCGAUUACAAUCUGGCCCAAUUUCCACUGCCAGUUGGAUCCAGGGCUUCCUCGUGUGCCUGCAGACUAAGAGAGGGAGAUUGGAUAUAUUAAGCUCGGCAAAUGUCAGAAUUUGGGCAUUUCUUCAAUACUGUGAUUUUUACUUUAGGUUUUUCAGUUUUAGAGAGUGUCGACAGCCGAUUUGUAAUUGGUUGUGAAAAAAGAAAAGACAUCUAGCUUCUUUUUAUACUCUUGCCUUUUCAACUUCCUGUCAUUCUGGGGCUUUAAUGGGUUUUUUUCCCUCAUACCCCCUUACUGAACAAAUCACUGACAUUUAGGAAUGUUUCUGGAUGAAUGUUAAUUCAUAUUAGCUGACUGCCUUUGUUGUUCAUAUGAUGAAACAUGAAAAAUAUGAAAGAACAAAACAAAACACGAAACAACAGAAAUUGACAUUGUGGCUAAUUUACACUCCUUCCACCUUGGACCACUCGAGCACGGCUUUCAUUCACAAUGCACCACUAAUAUUUUGAAUGUUAUCGUUUCUUUUGUCAUAGAUUUUAUGUUCACGAUGGUGAUAUGUAGGUCGUAUGUGACAGCAUGAAAACACUACCUGAGCACUACACUUAAGGUGCAACAACAUCCUUAUCAACAAAUAACGAAAUCAUAAUUCUGUUAAUUAUAUUUUGUCUAAUUUUGUCUUGAAUCUAGAAAUAAACACUUUUGAUUUGAUUUGAAGGAUGA